CUCCGACCCCAGCGAUCGCCCCAUGGGGUGCCCCAGCAGCCGGUGCUGAUCCUCCAGCAGCUUCCCGGGACCGUGGCCGCCCCGGCCCCCUCUGCCGGACCCCCACAGAUCCGGGGAGAUUUAAUCGAGCUGAUGAUGAUUCAGAACUCCCAAAUGCACCAGGUGGUGAUGAACAGCCUGGUUGUGUCGGCACUGACGUCUUUUGGGUUCGGGCCAUCCCCAGCUGCUGCCCAGGAGAUGGCGAUGCCUUUGCAGACGGAAGAGGAAGAGGAGGCUGUGGUUUUCCACCAUCACUACAUUCCCUACCCCGGUCCUGCUCCCGUCCUGGCAUGGCCAGUCCCAGUGCAGGAUUUGGGGCCGGCGGCCGUGCGGCACCUGGGGACAGGCUCAUUAGCUGAGGAUGAGGAGGUCGCGGUGCCACCUCCUCCGCCCCCCAGCGCCACAGGGACUGUGGGACCCAGCGUCCUGCCUUCAUCAGAGUACUACGACGUGGUGGAGGAGAGGCUGUGA